UUACUCGAGAUUCACUCACACGCUACGUCACUUACGCCAGUAUCAGAAUAUUGUCUACUCGCAUAAUAUAUAUAAAGCCAGUACGUCGGCUUUGCCGAAGCUACUCGCUUGGGUAGUUUGUUGUUUUUUUUUUAAAAAGAUUGUGAUAUAAUUUAAGGAAGUGUCGCUUUAAACACUUUUUAAACAACUUAAUACGCAAUUAUAUUCCUUUAAAAAUGUAAAUGUUAAGACUACUAAUAUUAGGAAUGUUCAUAGCUGGUACUUUGAGCUGUAAAUGAAAUUGGCCGGAGUAUCUCGAAAUUCUAAACGCUCUACUGUUGCUAAGCAAUAUUGAGGUUUAAUACUUUGUGCCUCGAAAUAACAGGACGCGAAAACUAUUUGUGAUUAUAAAUACACCUAAAUUAAAAUUACAAAAUGGAGUCAAAAGUAGUGUUGAACAAUAAGAAUCCUCACGAUGAAGCUAAUAUCCUGUCGAAGACGUUUUUAACGUGGAGUUUUACUUUAUUCAAAAGGGGUUAUAAACAGGGCAUUUCUAUCGACGACUUAUGGCAGGCUCGUGGGGCAGAUCAUUCGAAGCAACUCGGCGAUCGUCUUGAAGUAGCCUGGGAAAGAGAGUUAGAAAGAGCCAAACAGACUGGUACAAAACCAUCUUUCUCGAAAGCGAUCAUUCGCUCAUUCUGGCUCGAAUAUAUGAUUUGCGGCAUAUUUGUUGGUUUUCUCUUUAUCGUAUUAUGGCCACUGGUUCCGUUUACACUAGCAUUGUUUAUCGGAUAUUUCUCUGGAGAAAAAUCACCUGAAAAUUAUAAAAACGCUCACAUCUACAAUUUCUUGAUGAACUUUUUGAGUAUAACGACGUCUUUAAUGUUAAAUCAUUUACAACUUAGUCAGGGGAGAGUCGGUAUGCGGAUAAGGAUUGCUAGCUGCUCGUUACUAUAUAGAAAGAUUCUCAAACUUGACAGGACAGGAUUAGCUAAAACAGAGCCCGGUCAAGUGAUUAAUCUGAUGUCAAACGAUGUUAAUCGAUUUGAUUUGGUUGUUUUGUUUUUGAAUUACAUCUGGGUAAUGCCUAUUGUUGUACCUGUUGUUUCGUAUCUCGUCUGGCAGCAUAUAGGCUGGGCCACACUUGCAGCGCUCAUUGUAAUAUUUUUACAAACAGUUGUCGUGCAAGCGUAUCUAAGUAAUAUGCAAGGUGUUCUUCGUGGAAAAAUUGCGAAACGCACCGAUGAGAGAGUAAAAGUUAUGAGCGAAUUGGUGAACGGAGUUCAAGUAAUCAAAAUGUAUGCUUGGGAAAAACCGUUUGAGAAACUCGUUGAUAAACUGAGAAAGCUCGAAGUGCAUUACAUAAUGCGAACGUCCAUGAUCAAAGGUUUUUCAACAGCACUGAGCGUGUUCACGGAGCGUUUCAUACUUUUCGCGGCCAUCGUCGCAUUCGUAGUGAUGGGGGGCGAAAUACGUUCAGAAAUAACUUUCUCAUUAGUGCAGUACUUCAAUCUUUUGCAACUCGCCUGUAACAUAUUCUUUCCCUUGGCUUUAGCAUUUCUUGCUGAGUCAAAAGUCUCAGUGAGUCGUUUGGAGGAAUUUCUGUUGUUGGACGAGUUAGAACAAACUAAGCAAAAUGAGCCUAUCAAAGCCGCAAUGGACUCUAAACUCAUUUUGACCAAUGGAAACGCAAAAGACACUGAGAAAAUUAAAUCGAAAUCAACUGGUUUAAGUUUGACCGGAGUUUCGGCCAGUUGGUCAACUGAUCCAAUAGUCCACACAUUGAGAAACAUUACGUUUUCCGCUGAACCAGGAGAAUUUGUUGGGAUCGCCGGUCUCGUUGGUGCCGGUAAGUCGUCUCUGCUACAAGUGCUCCUGGGAGAACUGAAGCCAUCUCAGGGGACCGUAUCAUUGGAUGGUGCGCGUAUUUCUUACGCAAGUCAAGAGCCGUGGCUCUUCGUGGCGACGAUUAGACAGAACAUCUUGUUCGGCUUACCAUACGAUAAAACACGUUACAAGAAGGUGGUGACUGCGUGCGCUCUGCUGCGGGACUUCGAGCAGUUGCCGGCGGGAGACUGCACGCUGGUCGGCGAGCGCGGCACCAGUCUCAGCGGGGGGCAGCGGGCGCGGGUGGGACUCGCGCGUGCCUGCUACAGACAAGCCGACAUAUAUCUCCUCGACGAUCCAUUGUCAGCGGUGGACACGCAUGUUGGCAAACAUCUCGUUUCCGAAUGUGUGAAUGGAUUGCUGCAGAACCACACCCGCAUUCUGGUCACACAUCAGUUGCAUCACCUCAAAACCGCUGAUAAAGUCAUCAUUCUGCGUAAUGGAGAAAUUGAAAUGCAAGGAAAAUUCGAAGAGGCGUCACGCUGUCCACUCUUUUCUGAAAUGGAAGAGGAAGAUGAACCCGAUGAAAAAAAUCUAAAACAUCUCAGGAAACGAACUAUCUCCAUUCAGUCCAAAACGAGUGUUAGUACAACACACGAUGGAAGCCAGGUUGAUGUUGAAGAAGAUGAGCAGAAGGAGUCCGAAGAACUAACUGGAUCUGGGAGAGUAUCAGGAUUAGUAUACAUGAGCUACUUCCGUGCCGGCGGUGGUUGGGCACUUUUGUUCUGGACUUUGUUUUCCAUCAUUAUUGCACAAGCCGUGACGUCAAUGAGCGAUAUGUGGCUCACACACUGGAUGAACGACGUGGAAGUGACGUACUUGACACCGACUUUUGAAACGGAUCUCCUUACUGAUCGCAACGAAACGAAUAAUUUAAAUUUAACGAGUGAAGUUCCCACAGUCGUUGACUCGGCCGCCUUCCCGCCAAACUUAACAGUGAUCGGCACGAUCAUGAAAACGGCCAUGGCCAUACAGAACGCGACGGAAACGGAACGUGAAAAUGUAAAUCACUCGUAUUACAUUUACAUAUGGGCGAUCGGAAUAUUGGGUUGCAUAAUAUUAACAACGGCCAGAUCGAUGAUGUUCCUGUGGGUGUGUAUGCGGAGCUCUAUAAAACUCCACAACCAAAUGUUCAGUAAUAUUAUCGCGGCGACGAUGCGCUUCUUCGACACAAACCCGUCCGGACGAGUUCUCAACAGAUUCUCGAAGGACAUGGGCGUAGUCGACGAGAUACUGCCCCGGAUGUUUUUAGACAGCAUACAGAUAUUUAUGGUGAUGAUCGGUAUAUUAGUGAUGGUCGCUAUAGUGAGCCCCUUCAUGAUGCUUACGACGGUAGUGUGCGGGGUGCUCAUGUAUCUGUGGACCGUCGUUUACCUCACCACCGCUCAAGCUGUAAAAAGGGUCGAAGGCAUAUCUCGGAGCCCUGUGUUCUCCCACGUGUCGGCCAGCAUGGCGGGCCUGUCCACCGUGAGGGCUUGUAACGCUGAAAUGAUGCUGGCGGAUCAAUUCGACGAUAAGCAAGACGUACACACAGCCGCCUGGUAUUUAACUCUGGUCACAAACACUGCUUUCUCGAUCUGGCUCAGUCUCAUAUCUGCCUUGUACGUUAUAGUUGUGGCCUAUACAUUUUUACUACUAGAUGACGGAACAACGAAAUCUGGAAACGUCGGUCUGGCGUUAAGUCAAGGAUUAAUUUUGGUGAACAUGGUUCAGUAUGGUAUCAAACAGACAACGGAGGUUAUAUCGCAAAUGACCAGCGUCGAAAGAGUGAUACAAUUCACGUCGCUGCCUCUCGAGAAGACGGAAGGGCCCGCCCCGCCGCCGAGCUGGCCGCAGCGCGCUCGCGUCGUAUUCAAGGAUCUCAAUCUUCGAUACGACAAAGAUUCCGACCCGGUGCUCAGAAACCUUAACAUCAUCAUUGAAAGCGGCUGGAAGGUCGGUGUCGUCGGGCGCACCGGUGCCGGUAAAUCAUCAUUGAUCUCGGCUUUGUUCCGAUUGGCUCCGAUCGAGGGUCAUAUUUAUAUCGAUGAUGUUGAAACUGGAGAAAUCGCUCUUAAAGCAUUGCGCUCGAAGAUUUCCAUCAUUCCUCAAGAACCAGUCCUGUUUUCUGCUACUUUGCGAUACAAUUUGGAUCCAUUCGAUAAAUACACUGACGCUGAAAUAUGGACCGCCCUAGAACAGGUUGAACUCAAAAAUACUGUGACGUCAUUAUCAUCAUCAGUCGCUUCUGGUGGAUCCAAUUUUAGUGCUGGACAACGGCAGCUUCUGUGCCUGGCCCGAGCGGCCCUUGCUAGAAAUAGACUACUCGUGUUGGAUGAAGCUACCGCUAAUGUAGAUCCGAAUACUGAUGCACUGAUCCAGAAGUCUAUUCGCAAACAUUUUGCGGACUGCACCGUUGUCACAGUCGCCCAUCGACUACACACCGUUGCGGAUUCUGAUCGAGUUGUGGUCAUGGAAGCAGGCCAGAUCGUCGAAUGUGGCCACCCUUACGAGCUACUUAAGAACGAUAACGGGCAUUUCUCGAAAAUGGUUAAACAAUUGGGUCCCGCCUCAGAGCAGAGCCUUAGAGAACUUGCGCGGGACGCACACGCACAACACAUACAAUACGUCGACGCGGACGACCAGGAUAAAACGAAAUAACUGAACGUUUUAUUACGUAACAGAAACGUUAAUAUUAUGUAACACACGUACUCGCCUAUUUGUCAUAAUCGUCAUUACAAAUUGAUAGGUACUUCAGUCCAAAAAGUGGCAGGCGGCAUUCCGUUGUGGUGUCUAUGAGCUCAAAUAAUUACUUAACAACAGGCGAGUCGAAAGCCGGUUUUAUGUACGAUGUACUUAAUGUGUUACUUAAAUUUUGAUGGUACUUAAUUCGUUGGUACAAGAUUACUUUCAAAUUAAUACAUUGCCAUAGCUGGGCAGCCAAGUUCGAGAUACACUUGGUUUUAAAAGAUUACAAGUAUCCAUAGACUCCACAGUUGAAUACCCUCGACGAGAAACUACCGCCCGCCUUAAAACGUCAGAUCGAAGCUUUAAUUGAGGCAACAUUCACAGGUUCCCACUGUUUGCUGUAGGUUUUUUUAAUGUCGUAUUUACUUGAUAAUAGCAUUGGCGAUGUUUAUAUCUAAUUAAGAAUAUUAUAAAGUCCCGGUAACACUAACAUAGAUAAGUAAGAAAUUAUAUCCACCACAACUGUUAAAUUACUAUUUUAAACGGUUGUCACCAAAGUACACGUCGUGUCUCUAAAUUAAUAGUGCAUGGAUAUCUUUAGUCCAAUUCACAUUUACAGGGUCAUAACGAACUAUUUGUUUAAAUUAUUUAUCUACAUAUACCUAUUUUCACAAAGAGUUUAUUUCUGUUACUUUUAAAUAAUGAGGAAGCUUUAAAUGUUACCAAUAAUAAUCAUAGUACUUAUUUAGUUAUACAUAUAUGUAUUUAAAUUAUUUUAUUUACAGUCCAUAUUUAAUACUCUAUUUAUAAGCAAUCUUUUAAAUUUGUAUCUUUGCUUUAUGUUUGUACAAUGUACAUUUUACUAUGGCAACAUACAAAAAAGUAACUUAUUACACAAUAUGUUGAUUAUAAUAAGGUUUUUAUCGAAUAUAUGUAGAUUAAUGUUUAAAUUUUAAGAUCUGCUAGUAAGGUGCUGUUCAUUAUAACCUAACCUAGCCUAGCUAGCCAAUAAAAUGUAUCCAAAUUCCAGAUAUAUUUUUGUAAGGAAAAAUAGUAAGCUGUCAGAUUUAACUUAAAUAUAAAUAAGUGCUUUAUGAAAAAAUAUUGUGAUAUAAUUACAAAUAAAUUUACAUUGUAGUUUUUUAAUGUUUCAACUGUCUAUUCUUACAUAAGUAGUAAUUGUAACUUUGAAAUAUAUUUAAAUUUUGUGAGAUUAUAAUACUUCAGUACUUAUUGUGUACUUACCUUGUAUAUUUAUUAUGUUAAUUUACAAUAAACUGAAAGUAAAAAUUAA